UCCGUAAAAUUGAUAAUUAUAUUCAUCUAUUAUUUUGUUUGUCUAAAAUUUGUAUGUAAUCGAACUGUCUGGAAGAUAAACGCGUUUUCAUUUUUCAGAGGAAUUCAUUUUCGUGUAGUAAAUAAUCCAAAGAUCCGAUAAAAUUAUUACUUUUUUUUAUUGGGUGAAAUUUGUAUCUGAAGCCAUGGAUCAUAACUUGGUGGACAAUGAGUCGUUGAUUGCGCGCAUCAAACAAUUGGAGCACGAACGUGAUCAGUUGCAUAAAGAUAUUGAACAAUUGUGCAUGCAGCAAGCUGGACCUGCCUAUCUUGGAGUGGCUACUAGAAUGCAUUUCCAGAGGACAGCUGGGUUGGAGCAAGAGAUUGAAAACUUGAAAAAGAAGUUGGCUACUUGCACAAGAGAAAAUCAAAAUCUUCAAGAAGAGUUGUCAGAGGCUUAUAAUAUUAAAAGCCAACUGGCAGAUCUACAUAGUACAGAAGUCUCAAAGAACAUUGAAGCAGAGAAACAGUUAAAAUUUUUUCAAGGUUGUGUUGCUGCUGCUUUUGCUGAGCGAGAUAAUGCAAUAAUGGAGGCUGAAAAGUCUAGGGAGAAAGAGGAACUCAUCUCACAGGAGCUGAAUAAAUUAGAUAGAAGGAUUCAAGAGCUGACUUCUGAACUUUCUGAAGAAAAAAGCCUAACUACCACUCUUCGAAUUGAUCUAGGAAACCAGGAAAGACGGAAUGAGACUUUCAAAGAGGUUAUCAAUAAAUUUUAUGACAUCAGGCAACGUUGCAUCAAGAAUUUCGCAGAUACAAGCUGGGAAGAUAAAUGUGAGAGUCUCUUGCAUGAUUCACCUGAAAUGUGGAGUUUCCAAAGUGACAACGAACCUUCCACGUCUAACUACAUUAGUGAUUUGGAAGCAGAAGUCAAGACUCUGAGUAACUGUAUGGAUAAUCUCCAAAACAAGCUACAGCUGGGACUGGAAAUUGAAACUCAUUUAAAGAAGAAAGUUUCCGAGUUGGAGAAAAAGAAAAUUCUUUCAGAAAAGAAGAUCAAGAAGGAGAUAUCGGCAUUACACUAUUAUCAUUCUCAGUGCAGAAAUAAUAUUACAAACUUACUUGAUGAAGGGUAUUCAGAGAUCAAAUCAAUUAUAGAUGUGGUAGAAGAGAAAACCAGGCAGCGUGAAAUGAGUGAAGAACAGAACUUAAAAUCUUCUCCGCUGGAAGAUGUAAAGUUACAAGAAAAUGAAUUAAGAGAUGAUACCAUUACUGGUUCUGGUCAAGAUUCAAUCACGAAGAGAAGUGAUCCUGGCUUUUCACCCACAAUUACAAUGGGAACUGGUGAUACAUCUGAAGCGCUUUCUCAGGCAUUGCAAGAGAAGGUUGCUGCUUUACUACUAAUGUCACAACAGGAAGAAAGACAUCUGCUAGAGAGCAAUGUAAAUGCAUCUCUACAGAAGAAAGUUGAGGAACUUCAGAGAAAUUUACUGCAAGUUACGAAUGAAAAGGUAAAAGCUCUUCUGGAGUUGGCUGAGUUGAAGCAGGAACAUCAUAUGCUGCAAGAGAGGAUCAGUCAGGAUAUGAAAAAAGGAAAACAUUUGGUUGAAACUGAAGAAGGUCGAACUAUUCAGGAAAAAGAUGGAAGAAUAAAAAAUUUGCUGAAGAGAACUUAUUUAAGGAACUGGGUAGUCGGUUAUGAUGGGAAUCAUGCUGAAGCGCACGUGAAUCACGAAGGAAACUUCACUGAUAGAAAGUCCAAUUACAAUAUGGAUUUUGCGAGGAUGAAGAUUGAAAAUGCAACUCUUAGAGAGAGCUUGGAUAGUAUGGAGCAUCUUACAACUUCCGUUCACAGGCUUCGUAUUUCACUUUUGAAGGUUAAAGAGUCGGCUUCUGCAGAUGGUACAAAUAUUAGCUUGUUAGAAGCUCUUGACCAAAUUGUUUCCGAAGCAAAAUUAAUUAAGACUGCCCUCGGCAGCUCUCUUCCGAUCAGUUGGUCGGGCGAGACUGAUAAAUCUUAUGGUGAUAGUCCGGAAGAAGACGUAGACAAUGCUGUGACAAAACCCAGUUCUCAGAAGGUAGAUUUUGUUUCUGCUGCCGGAUUUGAGAUGGUGGAGCUCUUAAUAUUUGCUGCUCAGGAGCUGAAGGACGUAAUAUCUAAUAAAGAUCAAAGAAAUGGUGAUUGAAAGGUUUCUGCUUGGAUAAUGCUUGAGGCAUGUUCAUACGGUUUUGUUUCUGUGUCUUACAGCCAAUCAACCUUAACAAUGUAAAGGUAAAAGAAAUGAAGUAGCUAGAAAUGUAUACAUGUUCCAUUUUCUUCAUUUGUUACUCUAGAAUACAGAAUACAGCAUUGGGACUUUUGGAGAUAGAACAACCGGCGGUAUGUUUGUAAAUUGUACGGUUUUAUCACAGUUAUUUUAAAUAUGUUGAUUAAUAUGCUA